AUGUCGUCUCCACCGGUAUCCGAAGGUUAUCCCACCAACAGAUCUCACGGCCGUUCCGAAUCAGAUGAUCUGAGCGAAGAUCAUAAAUACAAACGUCGAAGACUGGAAGAACAACCAAGUCCUGUUCGGAAUAUGACUGACCCUUCUCGCCCUCCCAGCUUUCCUGCACCGCCUCCAACUUUACAUUACACUCCAUUCUAUAGUCAUGCCACCGACAAUUUCCCCUUCUUGCCGGCGCCUUUACCCAUGAAUUCGGGUGUCUUCUGGGAGGAAGAUGCAGCACUGGAAUAUCUCGCCUCCGGUAAUGGCUUUGCUCAAGACUUGCGAGGCCUCGUCCCAACUCUGGCACUUCCUUACAGUUUUCCGACCGCUCCUUCUGCGAGUCAGCCGCAUUCACGGCCUUCUGAGGUGACUAGCCAUCCGGUUUAUCAGCAUCCUCGUCUACCUCCGGCGCUUCCUUCGCAUCAUCGGGGCUUACCGGAUGAUCUCUUCCAGCGCUGUCCCGCCGGUAUUUCCGACGAGCGCUUACGGGAAGUCGCAGGACGUGUCUCCGAGUCUACUAGGUUCUUGGUGGAUAGUCAAUUUGGGAGCAGUGCUUCUCUCAGUCACCAAGAAGACGGGCACCCUCAUCCCCCAAGCCUGAGCACGAAUGAGUUUCCACCUAGUCGACGGUCUCCGCCCACAGCAUCUAUUCCUGUGAAGCCGGCCAUCGUUCUCACCCUCAGUCGGGCCACGUCAGAAAGCAUUGGAGCCCUAGAAGAGCACAAGCGAGAAUGUCCUGCAUGUCAGCUGGAAUUCGAAAGCGACAAUUUCAUGGCGGUGAUAACCUGCUGCGACACGGCGAUGCACGCUUCUUGUCUGUCAGCAUGGGUCAACUCUCAGACCUAUGCCAAGAGCAAGACAUGCAUGAAAUGCCGUCGGCUCAUUGAUGCAAGACGUCCUUUGAAUAACGUGGUGCCACCUGUCAACGAGAAAACUUGGGAUGAAGGGGGAAGUUUCGACGCACCGGAGCACUUGAAGGGUGAUGCCAAGAUCGAACUCGACGUCAGCCCCAGACCUUCCCGACCCACAUUCCGACGCUACAGAGGGUCCGGGAGCUAUACGACGACGUAUUCGCGGGGCUCCACGAUUAUGCUGCCUGCGACGGUGAGUUCUGAGACACACCGUGCCAUAACUCGCGCGCGACAAGAUCAGAUUUCGGAGAUCGAUGACAUGAAGAGGCGACUUCGUGCGGCAUGCAGCGAGCAAACUCGAGCACACGACGAGAAUCUCCACGCGCUCGGGAGGCUUUUGGAAGCACAAAAAGCUGCCAGCCGCGGCAACCAGGUGGAUCUCGUUUCACUAGAUCUAGUCCGCAAUGAGAAGCAGCGGGCAAAGAACAAGGCGGCUGAGAAAUUCCAAAGGCUGAAAGUCGAAAUGAGCACGAUUCAAAGGGCGCACGCCGAACAGAUGAACGCUCUAGUUGAAGAGGCUUUCAGGGAGCAGCAUCGUACCAGAGUUGCAGAAGGCGAACCUGGUCGAAGCUUGCAUCCUUCGACCGAGGGCAUUGGAGCCCAAUCUACAAUGUUCAAGUCUCCAUGA